AUGGCCGCGCGAAUACCAUCCCGGCUUCCAGGCCGCCAUCUCUGCCAAUUUGCAUCAAGAAGAAGCUUUGCGACAACCCGGUAUAUGCUCGAUGCGCAAAAUUUUACAAUGCCGGCCAUGUCUCCGACCAUGACGGAAGGGAACAUCUCCAGCUGGAAAGUGAAGGAGGGGGACUCAUUCUCCACCGGAGACGUUCUGCUCGAGAUUGAAACAGACAAAGCAACAAUGGAUGUUGAAGCCCAAGAUGAUGGUAUCAUGGCAAAGAUCGUUCAAGCCGAUGGCACGAAAGGCGUGCAGGUUGGGUCAAGGAUUGCAGUUCUUGCUGAGCCCGGCGACGACAUAAGCUCUUUAGAAAUGCCGUCAGAUGACUCAAAACCUGCUCCCAAGCACGAGGCGAAGAAGCAGGAGUCGAAGGCCGAGUCUCCACAAUCUGCACAGUCUGCAGAGCCUACGCCAUCUAAAAACUCCGAGCCGCCCAAAUCCGCUUCAUCCUCCUCCAAGCCUUCGUCUGGAGCAGGUCAAAAUACUAAGUAUCCUCUAUACCCAGCCGUCACUGCCCUUAUCCAUGCAAAUCAGAUCCCUGAAUCCGAGAUUCCUAGAAUACCGGCCAGUGGACCCAAUGGGCGCCUCCUCAAAGGCGAUGUCCUCUCCUACCUCGGACGCAUUCAAGCUGACUACUCCUCCACUCAAUCCAAACGCAUCCAACACCUCGCCCACAUGGACCUCAGCAACAUCAAACUCGCACCUCCAGCCGCGAAGAAAUCCGAAUCCAAACCGGAACCAGCGGCCGCGCCAUCUCUGCCCGAAAUCCCAGCAGAAACAUCAAUCUCCCUUCCAAUCUCAUUGACCGAAGUCCUAAAAGUCCAAAGACGAAUUCAAGAAACGCUCGGCGUCUCCAUGCCCCUAUCAACCUUCCUCGCUCGUGCAGUCGACGUGGCAAACGACGACCUCCCGAAACCAAAGGGCGCUAAACCAUCCUCAACGGACCUCUUCAACGCCGUUCUAGGAUUAAACGCUGUCCCGAAGACGUCAAGGGGAGGCUACAUCCCACAGAUCACCGCGCUGCCUAGCCCGAGCGCGCCUUUCACAAGUGGGCCAGCCUCAAAAAGAUCGAAGAGGAAAGGCGAGAAAUCGUCGGAUAUAAUCGAUAUCCUGACAGGGAAGACAUCGGGCCAGUCUAGCCGGAAACCCGGGUCCAAGGCGGAUAUGGGUAUCACAGCCAGCGCAGCAAGCGGCGCGAUGAAUGUCUUUAGUGUCACGGUGCCAACAGGGGAGGAGAAGCGGGCGAGGACGUUCUUGGAGAGGGUGAAAACCGUGCUGCAGGUCGAGCCGGGACGGUUGGUGCUGUGA